AUGCAGUGUUCGCGUGGUGUGAAAGUUCUGAGCGGAGCCAAGACUCAAGCGCUAGCAAGGGUGAUGAUAACCAUGGACGUGAGUGGUGAGAAUGUGGAUAUGGUGAAGGCCUUUGAGUCGUUGGCUCUGCCGGACGACGCUGCCAAGCCCUCGGACGACCACCCAGCCAGACUGGUAGUUGAAGCUUGUAGAAUCCUCAAAGACAUGCCGGAUAUGGUAAUAGGGCUGAAGAACGUGGGGUACGUUGACCUAUCCGCUGAGGAGCUGAAAGAAGUGCACAACGAAUUUAAUGCUAACAAUGAUUUUUGUUGGAACGUGUUGAUAUCUCUACAUGGAUGCCUGUGUGCUUUUGCACAAGUAGCAAAACGGAAGUCGUGCGAGUUGAAGGAUGAGCUGAAGGACCGAUUGAAUGAUUGGGUUGAGCGAGUGGCAAUUGCUUAUUAUGAAAACAAGAUAGUACCAGAAGCACAAUUUGAGACGAACGCUGCGAGAAUCGAAGACCUCGAGUUCGGCUUUUCAGUUGUCACUCGAUGCGCCAUCAAUGGGGGGGAUCGCACGAGCAGCGUGGCGUGGUACAGACCGGGGGUGUGUCCAGACGCAGCCGCCUGGACGAAGGCGAAAACCGCACUAAGCGAGAUCGAGGCUGUUAAGCGACCCACUGUAGCACGUCGUUCGGAAAAUUGUGUGUGGGAAGCGGCUCAUCUGGGGCAGACCUAUGAGGAGAUGCGCGUCCUGGACGAAUUGACAAGGGUUUGUAUGGGCAACUCGACGCCUGUAUAA